CCUGGUACGUCCGAUAUAAUGAUAAGUACAGGUGUUAAGCAUCAAACUCUCAGACACGAAGUUAUUUGGAAACUGCAGAGAGCUUUGGUCAAAUUUAAAGUGAAGAUUUUCAAUCUUAAUUAAAGAAAUGCGUUUUGCUCUUUGGUGUUUACCAUCAGUUUUGGUAAUUUUACCAAUAUUGGCGGGUGCUUUAUCAGAGAAUGACGCGGUAGACAUUGUAACCGGAUAUGACCCUGGGUUAUGCAAUAAAACCAAUCACGGUAAACUAAAACUGGUGAAAAACCGUGAAGAUGAAGACAGUCUUUUUAUUUGCUCCCAAGUAAAAGGAGUGUUCAAAUGGAAAAGUACAGACGGUUCGAUGACUCUCGGAGAAUUUAUCAACCCAAGUUAUGAUUGCGCAGAUAUUUUGAAUAAAAGGUUCAAUGCAAAAGAUGGUUUCUAUUGGAUUCAUUUAAAUGAGGCGACUCCAAAGAAGGUAUGGUGCGACAUGACUACCGAUGGGGGAGGUUUCAUCCUAUUUGGUUACCAAAAUUCUUCUGUCACGUGGAAUGUUCCGUCUACUAAUAAACCAGUAGAUCCAUUCGAUUCACCGCGCUGGUCAAGUGUUCUAGGAAAUACUCCAAUUUUAGACAUCCGGGUUCAGGUAUCAUCAAGUGCGGAAUUUAAAGAUACAAAAGCACAUUGGUCAUACAGAUUGAACAGCAAGCGACCUCUAAAGAACCUUAUGUUAAUGGCAGAGAAAGGAUGCGAUGCUAACUCGCCUGGCAUUGGGGAUAUUGCUCAUGUGAAAGACCUAAUGACGGAGAAGAUUGUUACUACGAACUUUCGUUGCGCUAAAUUUGGUGUCCCGUACCAUGCAGCAACCAAAUUCGGUUGGGCAAGCAUGAACUCUUGUCUACAAAGCCCAUGUCGUCUUGGAUUUGCUUACAUCCGUGAUCUUCCAAUUCAAGUAGACUAUUUUGGUGCAUUCAGCUACAGUGCAAAUGGACCAGUCUCGGGUACAGCGUAUAAUUCAACUUCCUUCGUUGGAUGUGAUAAAGGCAAGUGCUGUGCUUGUUUUGGGCCAUAUGGCGGUGCAAAAGAUUACUGUUCAGACGAAUGCCAAGCUUUUAACGGUGGAACUGUUCUAAAAAAUGUUCACGUCUGGUUUUGGGUAAGGACUGCCAUUCCCAAAAAUGUCUGGAAAAAAUGUAUGGAAUUUCAAAAACAAGGAGACAAUGAUCAACCUGAAUGGUUUAAACUGAUAAAUGGAAACCCUACUCCAGUCAAGGGGCGGUGUAACCAACAAACAGUGCUUUUGAAUGAUGGGGUUGCUGUCGUUCCAAGUGAUAAACCAUUACCUGAUAUAACCGGACUACUUGCCUUCAGAAAAGACACGGAUCGACUUUAUUUAAGAUCACGAGAUGCUUGGCGAAGAGUAGCGGAUCAGCGUAAGAUUUUGCAAUUAGAAAAUGAAUUAAGAAACGCUCGUUCUGCUCAAGCACAAGAGGUUUCGAACUUGCAAAGACAAAUCAACGCCAAGAGCAACGAGAUAAUCGACAUAGAGAGCAAAUUUGACAGGUUCAAUCAAACCUUGGAUGGAAAGAUACGUCUCGUGUAUUCGCGUGAUAUUCUGGCUUCCACAGUCCUGAAAGGUCAACCUGGAAGUUUCCUUAAUCUGUUGAAACAAUGGUUUUCUUUCAAUACGCUAAUAUGCUGUUGGAGAACUUCACUGGAUGGCUGGGAUUCGCGUGUAUUUCAUGCACGAUGCGACAAUAGAGGGAAAACAAUAACUUUGGUUAAAGUUGGGAAUUAUAUCUUCGGUGGAUACUCAACCUAUCAAUGGGGUGGGUCCAGUGACGGUUACCGAUCAAGCUCGAGCAACUACAUUUUCUCUCUGCGCAACAAAGACAACUUGAGUCCAUUUAGAUCAGCAGUCUACAGAUACAGUCAUCUUGCAAUUUACACAAACCCGACAUAUGGGCCAACGUUUGGUGGCGGACAUGAUCUAUAUAUCUCAAACAAUGCUAACAAGAACAGAAAUUCACAUGCAGCUAUUGGUUACACCUACCGUGCUCCAUCUGGCUACAGUAAUACCCGAGCACUAUUGGCUGGCAGUGCCAAUUUCACUCCCAAUGAAGUUGAAGUUUAUUAUUAUGUGUGA